UCUUGCAAAUUCCUCCUCCACCACCAGCUUGUUGUCUUUACUCUUGAGCAAAUUCAUAAGCCUCCUCCACGAAGAUUUCUUUCUUUCUUGUAAACAACGUUUUCAAUCAAAAGAAACAAAUUUUCAAUCCCACUUUGGGUUUAUUUUGCUACCCCUUUUGCAGUUCUAUUAUCUCAAAUCCAAGUAGAAAUCACAAAAUCUCAGAUUAAAGCUGUCGAACCUUAACCCCAUUUUCUCCUAUGGUGUCCUUGGCUAUUGUCCCUAUCGUCAUGGGAGUACUAUGGAGACAUAUAAGAGAUCCCAUUUAGUGGUUUGGCCUCAUUUCCAUAGGUUAGAACCUGAUGAGCACGAUAAACGGAAAGCUAUAUGCAAAACAUGUGGGUUUUGAUGUGUACCAAUCUCAACAAUGGGCAAGUGGUAACAAAUCUGAGUUGGAGUUGUAUCUUGACGAGCGACUAGUAGAUCGUAAGCAACAACCAGAUUUGAAUGUUUUGACUUAUUGGAAAGAGAGUAGAAUUAGAUAUCCUGAGCUUUCACUUAUGGCUCGAGAUAUCUUAAGUAUUCCUAUUACCACUGUAGCAUCCGAGUAUGCUUUAGUCAUGGUGGGAGAAUUCUUGAAAAAUUUCGAACUUCUAUGUUGCUGGAUAAUAUGGAGGCACUACUGUGUUCUCGAAAUUGGUUGUAUAAUAGUAAAGGAAGACGAUGAGCAAGAUCUUGGAAUUGAUAUUAGUAGAUUAUUGCUGAACAAGAUGCAUCUUCAAAUGUUGAUACUUAGUUUUGUUAUACAACACAUGGAGGAUUUUGUUUCACAGAGGAUGACAUAUUUGAAUUUAGCACAGAUGUUCCAGUAUAUGUCCAUUUGUUAUAUCACUGGGGUUGAAUGCUGUCCUAGUGCCAUAAAGCAAAUUAGUUUCAGUUUUGAAUUCUAGCAUUUUUGGAAUGUUCAGUAGCUGUUUAUCUUUCCUCAGUGAGUUGUUGAAGGAUUAGAAUGUGUUUUAUUGGUGACUGGUGGAUGGUUGUGUUGUAAUUGGACCUGUUCUAAUGUUGCGUUAAUUUUUUGAAGAAUUUUCAAAUGAA